AUGACGUCUGUCGUAGAUGAAAGGGUUGCUGAUGAAGUCGAAGCUCUUGAGGCUAUUUUAAUGGACGAUGUAAUCAUCAAAAAAGUGGAUAAUGUUCCGACAGCAAUCGAAACUAUUGUUCAUCCAUCGACUGGGGACGAUAUUGAUCAGCAAUUUGUAUGUGUAACUUUGGAGGUUCGUUUGACCUCGAAUUAUCCAGAUAGCAGUCCUGAAGUAAUUCUUAGGAAUCCUAGAGGCUUAGAUGAUCAGCUGCUGGCCAGCAUUAAUUCACAAAUAAAGAAUAAAUUGAUAGAUUGUCUGGGUCAACCUGUUGUUUUCGAACUUAUCGAGCUGAUACGGGAGAAGUUAACAGAGAGAAACCUGCCAAGUGGACAAUGUGUUAUAUGCCUGUUCAGUUUUGUCAAUGGAGAUGUUUUCAUUAAAACAGAAUGCUAUCACCAUUUUCACAGCCAUUGCCUUGCCAACCAUCUAAUUGCUGGAAGGAAGAAUUAUCAUGAAGAGAUGGAAAAGCUGCCCAACUGGCAGCAGGUGCAAGCUCCACCAUACCAGCAAACAUGUCCAGUGUGCCGCUGUCCCAUGUCAUGCAAUGUGGACAGCUUGAAGGAAGCUCCACCGCCAGUCGACUCAAUAAACGCUCCACCAUUCCGUUUGACACCUGAAAUAAAGGCUUUGCAAAGGAAAAUGGCAGAUCUGUUGGCACAUCAGAUCGCUAAGGGCGGUGUCAUCGGGAUCGGCGAUACCGGUCCACCACCGCUAACAAUCACCACUCCAGCUGACCAUGAGAAUGCAACUAACGGUUCGCCCAGCGCUCCACAAGAGGGCGCCAAGAUCGAGUCCCACAGGAACGGCCAGCCGUUUGGCAAUACAUCCAAUGAUGACCCCACGCCCGGAUCACCCCAGUCGCGACAAGAUUAUCGCGGCCCCUACAGGGGUUUCAACCGCCGCGGCAAGCCGGGCAAGCGGGGCCGCGGCGCGGCUGGCACGCGG